AUGUCGCGUACCCUCGUCCUCACGCCCACCCGCGCGCUGCGCGCCGUAUCCACCGGCAGGCUGCACCUCACGCCGACGCUGAGCGCGGGGCUCCAGCUGCGCUGCUACUCUGCCGUCCACAAGUCGCAAGCCCGCCUCGAGCCGGCCAACUCGCUGCUCAAGCGCGAUGACCUCGACGGCGUCAUGGCCAUUGUCAUGGACCGGCCCGAGGCGCGCAACGCGCUGAGUAUGCAGAUGGUCGACGAGAUGCGCGACGCCAUCGCCGCCAUUGCCAAGUCGCCCAGCGCACGCGUCAUCAUCCUGCACUCGACGGGACCCGUGUUCUGCGCCGGCGCCGACCUGCGCGAACGCAAGACCAUGUCGCAGCCGCGCGUCGCCCAGUUCCUCGACGACCUCAACGCCAUGGUGUGCGAGCUCGAGGACCUCGCCCUCCCGACCAUUGCGGCCGUGCCCGGCCCGGCGCUCGGCGGCGGUACCGAGCUCGCGCUCGGCUGUGACCUGCGGACAGGCCAGAAGGAGACGAGCUUCACGUUGCCCGAGACCAAGCUCGGCAUCAUUCCCGGCGCGGGCGGCACCCAGCGCCUCACCAAGCUCCUGGGCAUGAGCAGGGCCAUGGAGAUCAUCUUCACAGGCAGGAGGAUAGCCGCCGACGAGGCAAAGCAGAUCGGCUUGCUCGACAUCAUCGCCCCCGAGGGCCAGAGCGCCCUGGACGCCGCAGGCAACCUCGCCGCGCAGAUGCUCACUUCCGCGCCCCUCUCGCUCCGUGCGGCCAAGAAGGCCAUCAAGGCUGCGCCCGGCACACCCAUCAAGGAAGGACUCCGCCUCGAGCGCGAGGCGUACAAACCCCUCCUGACCAGCGAGGACCGCGACGAGGGUCUCCGCGCGUUCGCAGAGAAGCGCAAGCCCAAGUUCGUUGGCAGGUAG